GGGGAGGAGCAGGAGGAGGUUGUGGCCAAAGCAAGGUUUGAAUAGGGAAGUUUUGCAGGAGGUUACAUUCGCAGUCAUCAGCGCCGUGUUUGCAAAUAUUGAGCAGGCUUCCGAGGAAGGAUCUUCGGGAAGGAAAAAACCCAGGAGUGGAAGAAGAAACAACAACAACAACCACAAGAAUAUUUUUUUUGCACAAAAAUCAGACCCAGCAGCAAGCAAGCAAGCAAGCACCCUUUAGGAAGGACUUUGCAAAAAUCAUCUAAUAUUGCUGUGCAAUUAAACUUUGCAUGAAACUUUGCUUUUCCAGUGCUUAAUAUUUUUGUGGGGAGGGAAAUCUAAAAUACCGAACAGGAUUUAUUCUGGAUGGUGUCAGAUUUGGGAUCUCUUUUGAUGUCUAUAUUCUGAUUUUAUUUUAAUUUUUUUUUUGCAAUUUUUGUGUCUUGCUGGUCCUAUUUUUUACAAUUCUGGAGAAGGAGGAGGAGGAAGUGGGACUUUGUAAAUAGCUGGUUCGCCUUUCUGUCAUCCGAUUUACAGCAGCAGCAGCAGCAGCAGCAACCUCAGCAAUAGCAUCUUAAAAAGACAUCCCUACCAUUGGUUUCUAUGCCUCUUCUGCUCCUCUUUGCGAUUUCCCCAAAAGACCUGGAGAGUGGACACUGAUAUAUUAUUAUUAUUUUUUUGGUGGAAGGGUUGGACGUUCUCUUCCUCUUUGACACAAACAAAAAGGAAAAAAUAUAUAUUAUUCAGAGACAUGGAUGUGCUCCCAAUGUGUAGCAUCUUUCAGGAACUCCAAAUUGUGCAUGACACUGGUUACUUCUCUGCUUUGCCAUCUCUGGAGGAAUAUUGGCAACAGACAUGCUUAGAGCUGGAACGCUAUCUCCAGAGCGAGCCCUGCUACGUGUCUGCCUCUGAGAUCAAAUUUGACAGUCAGGAGGAUCUGUGGACCAAAAUUAUUCUGGCACGCGAGAAAAAGGAGGAAUCGGAACAAAAAACUGUAUGCGUUCCAAAGGAGGACAGUGCAAGUAGCCAGAGUUUAGAGACUAACAGUUUGAAUUCUGAUAUCAGCAGCGAAUCUUCGGACAGCUCUGAGGAACUUUCUCCUACGACUAAGUUUACCUCUGAUCCCAUAAGUGAUGUCUUGGGUAUGGCCAAUACAGGAAACCUGAGCUCAUCUGUCACAUCUACUCCUCCUUCUUCCCCUGAACUGGGCAAGGAGCCAUCUUCCCAACCGUGGAAUAGUGCACCCAGUGACUUGCAUUCACCAGGCAAAAUUCGUGCUAGUACUGGUGGAAAGACUGCGGAAAAAGGCUCCUCGGCCAAUGGCGACGCGUCUCCAGAUGGGAGGAGGCGAGUUCACAGGUGUCAGUUCAAUGGGUGCCGAAAGGUUUACACCAAAAGUUCACAUCUGAAAGCACAUCAGCGUACCCAUACAGGAGAAAAGCCUUACAGAUGCUCAUGGGAAGGGUGUGAGUGGCGUUUUGCGAGAAGUGAUGAGUUAACCAGACACUUCAGAAAGCACACGGGUGCCAAGCCUUUUAAAUGUAAUCACUGUGACAGGUGCUUCUCUAGGUCUGAUCACCUGGCCCUUCACAUGAAGAGGCAUCUCUGAAUGGGUGAAGAGGGCAAAUCCUGCGGGCUAAGAGGCUUCAAGGUCCACCGGCCUUGAAAGAAGGGAUGCGUGUUCCAGCCAAAGCAUGCCACUUUGCACCCUAACCCAGUUGCCUCUAGGGCCUCUCUUCCUUGGAAGGUCUUCAGAGGGCUGAACAAGUCAUGUGAGAAAGGGCAACGCGACCGCACGGUGUGGGUCCCCUAUGCCGGGACCCAACCUUCUUGAGUGGCUUCUACGCCUUCUGCCGUGAGCACGUGCACUGAGAAUGUUAAUGAUUGGACGACUGUAUGUUAUUGAGGAUCUACUGGGCGACUGUAUGCUGAGGCACAUUGUUUUUUUCUCUCUCUUGUUGUUCGAUUGGGUUUUUCAUUUAAAUCCUUGUGGUUGUUUUUUAUUACCGAGAAAGAGAAGAUGUCAGCUGAGUUGGCGGGAGGUGGGAAAAUAUGUAUGUGAGGAGUAUAUACCACAAGACGGAGUGAUCACCAAUCAUUCCCAAGGGGCAGGGGGAGAGGGGUGUAGCACCUUUUUUAAAAAAAAGAUAAAGAAAGUAGGGGGUGGGGACGCUAGGGUGGGGAAGUCGAGUCAGAAUGCCAGAAUGGAGGGAGGGGACCCUUUUAUCCUGUGUGAGAGGAGCUUUUGGUGUCUGGUCCAGCUAUUAAAUGUGCAAUGUGUCAAGUAGCUUGUUUUACUUGCUACAGAGCUCAUUUGUAAUCCAUUGUAUAAGCUGUGUAUUUACAAUAUAACACAACCUAUAACUUUUUCAUUAUAAUACAGAGGUUUAUUGCAUGGUUCUGGGGAACUCUAUGCUUUUCCAUUCUUUAAUCGGGACUGCCCACAUUUUUGUUCUGUUCCCCAUCCCUCCACCCCCCUCAAUUCCGGUUCAAAGCUGCUACAAUGCAAUUGGUUCAAUGUUACAUACAACCAGAUCCAGUUUUUUUUUUUUUUUAAAGUUUUAUUUUUGGUCCUGUUGGGUGGAUAAAACCACUGUAGGUUAGAAAUUGAUUUUUUAUUAAAGAAAAGAAAAGAAAAUUCUCAUGCAGCUAUUAUUUUCCUUCUCUUUUAUUUAUGUCUUGAGGUCUAAUUUCUGGUUUUUUAGCUGUCAAUGCACUGUUGACCUUAAUAAUGGUGCCUUAUGCAACGUGAUCUCUUGUCGGAGGUCUUAUACAGGGGUAUGGGUGAUGUAUGCUUCAUUAAGGCUCUCUUGUCACCUGACACUUGUACUGUAUCAAAUAUGUUUUAGGAAGAGGUGGGAAGAACAUAGACGGAUGCUCAAGGUGUGCUCGUAAUAAACAUUCUUAGACAUGCCAGUACAAUAUCUAUCUCUUUCUAUAUAUAUAUCUAUUUUCAACUUUGAAAGUUCCAUGGAAUCAUCUAACCAGGUCUGCCCAUUCGAGUAUGCCUCCUUUGGGUUUAUUUCUGUUUCACAUAUGACCUUGCACAAACCACCAUCUUCCUUCACCCUGAAAAUAUAACCCUGUACUUCAAAAGGUCGUAAUUCUUUCAUGAAUAUUUAAAAGUGCAGGAGUAUGAGACACAUUCAGAAGUAUUUGCUUAAAAGGCACAAGUUCCACGUCUAUAUCUCUAGCUUUCUCUUGACUAAAACAGAAAGGAAAUGCAUUUUUUAAGAAAAUGAAAAAAAAGCAACAAGAACAAAAAGAUACCAAGUGGGUAGAAAGUUUGCAAUGUAUGUAUAUUUGUGUGUAUAUAUCAGUAAAUGUGUGUGUGUGUGUGUAUGUGUGUGCACGAGUGUGUGUGUGUUUGCGGGUGUGUGUGUAUCUAUAAAUAUAUAAAUAUAUAGAUAGAUAAUAUAUUAUUAUUUUUAAGGGUUGAGUUGAACUCUCAGCUAGAACGUAUCUGAGGUUUUAAGGAGUCCCCUGUUUCCAUAGAUUUUUAUAUAAACAAAUGCCAGUUAUCAACACUUAAAAUUUCAUCCAUUAGGUCUUGUAGAUUUCUGAAAGGGUUGUGCAGAGAUCAUUUUUUCUGUGAAAGCUGUUGCAUUUCACUUCACAGUCAGGGAAGGCUAAAAAAAAUCCUUAAACUCGAGCAAAAUGGGGCAGCUUGGGUAUUCCUUGUAUGGUGCAAUGUGGGUAAAUGGUAAAUUCAGUUGUAGGAUUUCAUGGGAUAUUUGUAAUAGAAAUUAAAAACUAUUUGGAAUGUUUUUCAAUUAAGAUUUCUGACUAGAGCAGUAUUGUCCAACCUUUAAUCUUCCAGGUGUUUUAGACUUCAGCUCCCAGAAUUCCUGAUCAUUGGACAAACUAGUCAGAAUUUCUGAGGGUUUGAGUCCCAAACACUUGGAGGAUCAAAGGUUGGACACAAUUGCUUUAGAGCAGUGGUUCCCAGCCUUUGGUCUUCCAUGUGUUUUGGACUUCAAAUCCCACAAUUCCUAACAGCUGGUAAGCUGGCUGAGAUUUCUGGGAGUUGAAGUCAAAAACAACUGGAGGGCUAAAGCUUGGGAACCACUGCAUUAGAGCAUUGGGAAUGGUAAUUUGCCUUUAGAUCAGUGGUUCUCAACCUGGGGUCCCCAGAUGUUUUUGGCCUUCAACUCCCAGAAAUCCUAACAGCUGGUAAACUGGCUGGGAUUUCUGGGAGUUGUAGGCCAAAAACAUCUGGAGACCCCAGGUUGGGAACCACUGCUUUAAAUGGUGGCAUGAAUAGGGUUGCCAUAGUGAAAACUAGAGGUAACUCCCGUGUCUUUAAUGACUGUGUAGAAGAUGGCAUUCCAACAUGUGCUUCUAGCUACUUGUAUGACAAAAAACACCUGUAUUUUACCCAGCCAUUAAUGGAGCAGGACAUGUCUGCAAUUUUCACUCUGAAUACCAUAAAUCCCUUAAUUCUUGGUUUGCUCCAGUGCAAUUUCUUUCCCUAUCCUGGCAGCUUCUCUUGGUGUUCAAUAUGAAUACUGGGCUACAGGGCUGGAACCAUACUUGGUGAGCCACACUGGUCUGAAUCCAGUUAUUUGUCCCAACUAGAAUACACCUCCAUUGAAUCAGUGGAAUUUACAAUUUAGCAAAUUCCCACAGAUUCAUGAGGCUUCCUCUAGUUGGGCACAGUUACACUUUGAUUUAGGCCUAGAUGGUUUUAGAUCAUCUAGAGAAGGGCCAUCCCUACAUCAUAGGCAGCUCAGCAAAUAAAUAAAUAAAUAUCCAGCCCCUGUGCUUUUAUGAAUCUAGGAAUGAGCGUAGCGAUUAUGCUUUUAUACCUCUGGUGCUGACCUUUUAGUUUGACAGUGCAAAGUGGUUUUCUGCAAGAUUAGAAAGAGUCCUUCCUCAUAAAUAAAAGCCAGCAUGUUUUCAAAACUGCCUUCCCUGACAACAACGGCACACUUAGAAACUGCAUCAGUAGCUCAUUGUGCAUCGAUUUUGUGCAGCUUUUCCUGGAAAUGAUAGCAAGGAUUACUAGGGCUCAAAAACCAUGCUAGAUGGACACCUGCUGUUUGUCUAAUUCUAAGUGAGGCACAUCCCUACCUUGUUUGUAUGGUAUUUUGAGUUUUUGAUAUGCUUUGAAUGUGCACUUUGUUGAGAUAAAAAUACUCCAGGAGUAUGUUUUAUUGUCUUACAGAGCUCUAAUGUAAAUAUGGAGCUUCAUUCAUGCAGGGGCUCCUCAUAGUUGGGGAAAUAAAUUCACUAAUUUAUUUAGAUGUAAGGGGAAAAAAACAUUAUACACCUUAGGGAUUUUCUACUUUAUAGUACAGAUCCGAAAUCCACUUAAUUGGAAUCUUCCAUGUAUGAAUCAAGGCAAUUUUGGAGGGGUUGGGUUAAGCAUGGGUGGGAUUUUCCUUUGAGUUUUUUUGAAAACUCAUAAUAUUUUCUGCUUAGCCACAAUACCAACAAAAAUGGAUUUUUUAAAAUUUAAAAAAGUCCCUUGCAUUAGCUUUUUUUUUCUUAGUUGUGAAAUAUCAAUAGUUCUCAACAGGGCUGUUUGCCAAAUGUCCAACAUGAAUAAAUGGCUGUCCGUUUUUCUGGUUAUAAACAAGUACAUUUUGUUCAGGUGAUAACUGAGCCUCAAUCAAGCUGAAAGGAAAAAAAUUGCUUGAAAUUUCAGAAGAAAAUUUCUAUUCGUAACAAUUUUGUUUUUUCUUCUUUGUUUGUUUGUUUUUUGGAAGCACCCUGUUAUCUAAAGAAUCUCUUUGUAAGAUUUUUGUAAAAAAAUUGUUUUACAAGAUUUUAUUUGAAAUUGUUUUUUGCAAGAUUGUUAUAUUUCUGUAUGAAUGUAUUUUUUAUUGGAAUAACAUAAAAAGUUCUUAUCAGCA